GCAAUGGGAAAAAGCAAAGAUGGAAUGCAGAGCAGUGCUGCUGAAGUGUCAGUGAAUUAUGGGAUAUAGGAAAGAUGAUACUGUAUGGUGGAUAAAGAGAACAAAUCAAAGAGUGAGAAUAUGCAAGAUUAAGCCCCACACUAAAAGCACCCAUAAUGAUUACGUCUUCUGUUUAAAAUGCAAGCAAGUCAUUGGCAAUAGGUUUUCUCCCCAGCCCCCAACUUAGAUUUUCUGCAGAUUAAAUGGGGCAGCAGGGCUGUCAUUUUGGUACCAUUAUAUGGAUGCUGUUUUGCAUUUAUACAGUUUUCAUUUAUUGUUUCAAAGAAAGCUACUAAGAGCUGUGAUUCCUGCAUUGCAGGGGGUUGGACUAAAUGACCCUCAGGGUCCCUUCCAAAUCUUCAGUUUUUUUAUUCUAUGAUGCCCAGGUUGCAGUCCUAAUCCUGUUUACCAUAGCCUCAGUCCCAUUGAAUUUAGUGGGACUUGCAUGCUAAGUAAACAUGCAUAGGAUUGUACUAUUAAUAGUUGUUGCCUAGCAACUACUGCUUUACAGUAAUUUGUACUUUAAAGAAUUUUCAUCCCCAGUCAUAUCAGAAAUAUUGGGCAUUUAAGUGAAUGUUAGCAUUUCCCUUUUUUGUCCACUAGAUGCCCCCAGGGAGCUGAUUUUUGCAGCAGCAAUGCUGUUUGCUAGCUUUUCUUAUGAUCAAAAGGACAACAUGUCUUGGUGCUGAUGGAUUUGAAACAUUCAAAUAAAAGGUAAAAAAAGGGUAAAGGACCCCUGGACGGUUAAGUCCAGUCAAAGGCGACCAUGGGAUGCAACACUCAUCUCACUUUCAGGCCGAGGGAGCCGGCGUUUGUCUACAGACAGCUGCUUGGGUCAUGUGGCCAGAUGAUUAAACUGCUUCUGGUGCAACAGAGCGCACGAAAACACAGUUUACCUUCCUGCCACAGCAGUAUCUAUUUAUCUGCUUGCACUGGUAUGCUUUCGAAUUGCUAGGUUGGGAGGAGCUGGGACAGAGCAACGGGAGCUCACCCUGUUGUGGGAAUUCGAACCACCAACCUUCCGAUUCACAAGCCCAAGAGGCUCGGUGGUUUAGACCACAGUGCCACCUGCUUCCUUCCAAAUUUGUUUUUCAAAUAAAAGACAAUCUUUAUGACAGUUUUGUUUUGUGAAACUGUGGUCUUUAUCCUAAGAAAUAAUCACUAAAAUAAUGAUUGCAUCCAGUGCUAUUUUUCUAGAUAAAGAGGUGCUGGAACUCACCAUGAACACCUCCCUUGUUCUCUUAGAAUGGCAAUGGGGCAUGUCUGAGAGGUGCUGGAACUGAGUUCUGGUGAGUUCCAGCUGGAAAAGAAAAGGCCCUGAUUGCAUUCUAUAUCACAGCUAGAGCGCAGCCUGAUGUACAUGCACACAGAAAGCACUAUAAUCUCCCCCACAAAGUGUCAAUUGUAGAUUCUCAUGUAGCUUACAGAGGAAGAGUAAUAAUGGGUGAGGGAGCCCUAAAAGCUGCAGUUGGGAAGUACCCCUUGACUCUGGACAAUGCGAGCUUCCAUAAAUGUUCCACCAAACUGCCCUGAAUUCCCUGUGAAUGGGGUUAAGCACACACUUUCAUGCGCUGACCCUUUAAUUGACUUUGGGAAGUGUCUUUGUGCAAAACUAGCAUAACCCUAGAGGACCAGAACAGUAUAUUUCCCACCCAGAUCCUUUGAUAGCUUUGUAGAAAUAUGGAGUGGUUGCUCUUUUUAAUGUGAAAUUGUGUGACGAGCGAUUGCAGAUCAUCGCAGAAUGUCCGCUGCUACUCAUGUUACUGAAAUGAAAAGGGAGCCAUAGGGAGAAAGAAGAUGAACUGAAAAUGUGCCUCCUAAUAAGAUGAUACAUAUCAGAAAGGAUUUUUAUUUCUGCAGCACCUUCUUCCAAGAGAAUUUCUAACUGUUACUACUCACCUCAAAGUCUCACAGCCUGACCCCAGUAUGUUUUAUCUUGGGGUUGUUAGUCGAUAUGCAACCUUUUCCCAAGCACAGUGAUCAACACAAACACAUUUUAAUGGUGAUCAGUAUUCUGCCCAAGUAUGCACUGGCAUCGCCUUUAAAGGCCAAGAUGGGUAGAGAGGUUUUUAAGCAGAGGUUGGAUGUCCAUCUGUCAUGGAUGCUUUAGCCGAGAUUCCUGCAUUGCAGGGGGUUGAACUAGAUGACUCUCAGGGUCCCUUCCAACUCUACAAUUCUAUGAAAAUGUGAAUAAUUAAAAGAGUUUGCAAACGAAGUGGCAAAGUUCUUCAAAAUGUCUCCUAGCAUCACCUAAUAGCAGGGUAUUGUUAGGGAGCAGUUCAGGGUGCUUCACAUUUCAUGCCCACACACCUGCUUCCCCAUUCCCAUAUCCUUUAAAGACACAAGAGUCCUGCCAGGAAGGGCAAGGAUGAAAUCUCAACGAGAAGAGUUGAAGCAUAAGGAAAGAGGUGAAGGAAGAACAAGGGGGGAGAGAUAAAAACAGAAGGGCAAUCAGGUGGGUGGAAAAUUAGGAGAGAAAGGGCAGCUAAUGACCUGGGAACCCUUGAUAUAGGACCCAUUAAAUUCAGUGAGAUCGAUUGAGUCCCAAGUACAUAAGUGUUCAUAGGGCUUGGACCCUCCUUGUCUCCUUUUCUUUGCAUGUCGUGUUUUGUUUUGUUUUUGGGUGUUGUUGUUUUUUUUGGAGGGGGUGGGGCUUGGAAGCCGGCGUAUAGGGACUGUCUUGUUUUGAUUGUAUGAAGGCUGGUCUGGGAGCUUUUUUGGAUGAAGAGUGGUGUACAAAUAUGACCCCCCCCCCAAAAAAAGUGGAAGAACAAGGUCUUCCUCGAUUUAUGCUGCCUCGUGUCCAUUCAUAGUGGAAGAGAGAUUAGUACUGUAUUGGGAGAGCAGAGACGUUUUCUCUUUUGGCCGGGUUUUGCACUUUUGACCCGGUCCCCUAUCAAUUCCCUGCGGAUGGAUCCCCAGGUGCAGGCUCUGCUCGUUGAUGAGUUCUUGCUUCAGGAGGCCCACCUCCACUGACCCUAUAUAAUGCCAGCGUCCUUACCAGCUUUCCUCCUAUGGGGAGGGGCUGCCAGGGCUCUGCUUCUGUUUUUGCUUUGGCUGCUGCAGCCAUGGUCUGGGGCUACAGAGAUUUGGGGGGGUUAGCCAUCUUGGUGAUUCUGGGGCUGUGCCAAGGGCAAGGUGACUUUUGGAGGGUGGGCUCCUUACCCUCACCAUAUCAUUACAACUGUGGGGAGUACAGCAUGCAGCUGCUUGUGUUUCCUAGCCCAGGCCGAGAUGUCCGCUUUAAAGUUGUGGAUGAGUUUGGGACAGCCUUUGAAGUUUCGAAUUGCUCAAUCUGCCGCCACUGGAUCACAUCUAAUGAUGGGGCUAUUGCUUUCUCUGCUGGCUAUGAUGGCUGUCACAUACUAAAGAAGGAUAACAGCAAUAACUUGAAAGUCCGGGUAGAAGAACUAACAAGCAACGGAAGAGUUGUUGCCUCCCAUGAUAUCAGCAUAAUAUGCCCCAAGCCACAAGAAUAUGUCCCAGCACCAGAGGACAACAUGCGUCAUGUGCCUCAGCCUCAGCCUGACGUGGUGCGCCCUCUGCCUCAUCCCCAGCCUGGCCUAGAGUUCCCGCUGCCUCAGCCUUGGCCCAGUCAGGUGCACCCACGACCUCAGCCCCAGCCUGGCCUAGAGCGUCCAGUGCCUGGCCUAAUACGCCCAGAGCCCCAACCUGGCAUAGUGCGCCCACAGCCUCAGCCUGGCCUAGAGCGUCCAGUGCCUGGCCUAAUACGCCCAGAGCCCCAGCCUGGAAUAGUGCGCCCCCAGCCCCAACCCCAGCCUGGCCUAGAGCGUCCAGUGCCUGGCCUAAUACGCCCAGAGCCCCAACCUGGCAUAGUGCGCCCACAGCCCCAGCCCCAGCCUUGGCCUGGUUUAGAGCGUCCAGUGCCUGGCCUAAUACGCCCAGAGCCCCAGCCUGGCCUAGAGCGUCCAGUGCCUGGCCUAAUACGCCCAGAGCCCCAGCCUGGCCUAGAGCGUCCAGUGCCUGGCCUAAUACGCCCAGAGCCCCAACCUGGCAUAGUGCGCCCACAGCCCCAGCCCCAGCCUUGGCCUGGUUUAGAGCAUCCAGUGCCUGGCCUAAUACGCCCAGAGCCCCAGCCUGGCCUAGAGCGUCCAGUGCCUGGCCUAAUACGCCCAGAGCCCCAGCCUGGCAUAGUGCGCCCACAGCCCCAGCCCCAGCCUGGCCUAGAGCGUCCAGUGCCUGGCCUAAUACGCCCAGAGUCCCAACCUGGCAUAGUGCGCCCACAGCCUCAGCCUGGCUUAGAGCGUCCAGUUCCUGGCCUAAUACGCCCAGAGCCCCAGCCUGGUUUGGUGCGCCCACAGCCUCAGCCCCAGCCUGGCUUAGAGCGUCCAGUUCCUGGCCUAAUACGCCCAGAGCCCCAGCCUGGCUUAGUGCGCCCACAGCCUCAGCCCCAGCCUGGCCUAGAGCAUCCAGUGCCUGGCCUAAUACGCCCAGAGUCCCAACCUGGCAUAGUGCGCCCACAGCCACAGCCUGGCUUAGAGCGUCCAGUUCCUGGCCUAAUACGCCCAGAGCCCCAGCCUGGUUUGGUGCGCCCACAGCCUCAGCCCCAGCCUGGCUUAGAGCGUCCAGUUCCUGGCCUAAUACGCCCAGAGCCCCAGCCUGGCUUAGUGCGCCCACAGCCUCAGCCCCAGCCUGGCCUAGAGCAUCCAGUGCCUGGCCUAAUACGCCCAGAGCCCCAACCUGGCAUAGUGCGCCCACAGCCUCAGCCUGGCUUAGAGCGUCCAGUUCCUGGCCUAAUACGCCCAGAGCCCCAGCCUGGAAUAGUGCGCCCACAGCCCCAGCCCCAGCCUGGCUUAGAGCGUCCAGUUCCUGGCCUAAUACGCCCAGAGCCCCAGCCUGGCUUGGUGCGCCCACAGCCUCAGCCCCAGCCUGGCUUAGAGCGUCCUGUUCCUGGCCUAAUACGCCCUGAGCCCCAGCCUGGCAUAGUGCGCCCACAGCCUCAGCCUGGCUUAGAGCGUCCAGUUCCUGGCCUAAUACGCCCUGAGCCCCAGCCUGGCAUAGUGCGCCCACAGCCUCAGCCUGGCUUAGAGCGUCCAGUUCCUGGCCUAAUACGCCCUGAGCCCCAGCCUGGCAUAGUGCGCCCACAGCCUCAGCCUGGCUUAGAGCGUCCAGUGCCUGGCCUAAUACGCCCUGAGCCCCAGCCUGGCAUAGUGCGCCCACAGCCUCAGCCUGGCUUAGAGCGUCCAGUGCCUGGCCUAAUACGCCCAGAGCCCCAACCUGGCAUAGUGCGCCCUCAGCCCCAGCCUGGCUUAGAGCGUCCAGUUCCUGGCCUAAUACGCCCAGAGCCCCAGCCUGGCUUGGUGCGCCCACAGCCUCAGCCCCAGCCUGGCUUAGAGCGUCCAGUUCCUGGCCUAAUACGCCCAGAGCCCCAGCCUGGCUUGGUGCGCCCACAGCCUCAGCCCCAGCCUGGCUUAGAGCGUCCAGUUCCUGGCCUAAUACGCCCAGAGCCCCAGCCUGGCUUGGUGCGCCCACAGCCUCAGCCCCAGCCUGGCUUAGAGCGUCCAGUGCCUGGCCUAAUACGCCCAGAGCCCCAGCCUGGCAUAGUGCGCCCUCAGACCCAGCCUUGGCCUGGCCUAGAGCGUCCACAGUCUAAGCCCCAGCCUGGCCUAGAGCGUCCAGUGCCUGGCCUAAUACACCCAGAGCCCCAGCCUGGCCUAGUGCGCCCGUGGCCUCGGCCGCAGCCCGGCCUAGUGCACCCACACCCUCAGCCUGGCCAAGCGCACCCAUGGCCUCAGCCUCCUCCUCAGCCUGGCAUAGUGCGCCCUCAGCCCCAGCCUUGGCCUGGCCUAGAGCGUCCAGUGCCUGGCCUAAUACGCCCAGCGCCCCAGCCUGGGAUAGUGCGCCCACAGCCUCAGCCUGGCCUAGAGCGUCCAGUGCCUGGCCUAAUACGCCCAGAGCCCCAGCCUGGCAUAGUUCACCCACAGCCUCAGCCCGGCCAAAUACACCCGUUGCCUCAGCCACAGCCGCUGCCCAGCCAAUGCGCCCACGGCCUCAGCCACAGCCUGGCGAAGUAUGGCCACAGCCGCACCCCGGCCAAGUGCGCCCAAUGCCUCAGCCGCAGCCUCAGCCCGGCCAAGUACGCCCACUGCCUCAGCCUGGCCAAGUGCACUCAUGGCUUCAGCCUGGUGAAGUACGACCGCAGCCGCAGCCUGGCCUACUCUUUUCUUGCCCUCCUAGGUUCUCGUCUAACCCAGGAGCAGUGCCAGGUUUCAUCUGGAAAGAUUCCCUGUGGAGGCUCACUAGGACAAGCUGAAUGUUACCAGACUGGAUGCUGUUAUGAUGAGAGGGAUCAAACUACUCCAUGUUACUAUGGCAACACAGUCACUGUCCAAUGCCUUCGAGAUGGCCACUUCAUUCUGGUUGUCUCCAGGGAUAUGUUGGACUACCCCAUCGUCCUUGACAGUGUCAAGCUGUCCUAUGCCCAAGGAGGAUGUGACCCUGUCAGGAAAACGGAGUCUUUCUUGAUCUUCCACUUCCCUCUCACACACUGUGGCACUACGAUUCAGAUGACUGGUGGCAGACUGAUCUAUGAAAACCAGUUGGUUUCAGGCGUUGAUAUCUUAAGAGGGCCAGAUGGUUUUAUUACCCGGGACAGCACCUUCAUCCUCAAUACUCGCUGCAUCUACAAUGCCACCGACUUCUUGCCAGUUCAGGUUGAAGUCUUCUUUCCUCCCACACCUGCUCCAGUUAUCCAGAUGGGGCCUCUCCGCUUUGAACUGCGUAUUGCUACAGACUACAGUUACAGCUCCUACUACUCGGAUGCAGACUAUCCUGUGGUGAAGAUACUGAGGGACCCUGUGUAUGUGGAGGUUCGCGUCCUGCAGAGAAUGGACCCGUCCUUGGUUCUGGUUCUGCAUGAAUGCUGGGCUACUCCAACCCCUAACCCCCUUGAGCAACUGCAGUGGCCAAUUCUGGUGGAUGGGUGCCCAUUUGAAGGUGAUAACUACAGAACCCAGAUGAUUCCUAUGGGGCCUGCCACGUCUCAGCUGCACUUUCCAGACCAUUACCAGCGUUUCACCAUUGCUACAUUUACAUUUGUGGAUUCUGCCACUUAUAUGGUGCUGGAUGGAUUGGUGUACCUCUUCUGCAGUGUGUCUGUUUGCCACCCAUCUCACCUGCAGUCCUGCAGGAAAGUGUGUCAAAUGCCAGUGGCUGCAAGAAGUCGUCGGUUUUUGGAGACGGGCAAUGGGACAGAAUCCUUUGACCUAGUAAGCACUUAUGGAGGUGUGAUCUUUCAAGAAAGCAGCCAGACUCAUGAUAAACAAGUCAAAUGGAAGAAAGACAUGAGCUCCAGUGGAGAUCUGGCCCUGAUAUGCUUGGUGGCACUGCCGUUAGUGGGUAUAAUCUUGUUUGUUGUUGUGAUCGUACUCUGGAAAAAGAGAAGCAGAGUGACAAAACUCUAGUAC